AUGUCUUCUGUAUCAAGACAUAUAGAUGAUCAACAACAAGAACAACAUCACCAACAUGAUAUAAAUGUAAAUAAACAUAGUAGUAAACAAGAUAACAACAACAACAACGAUAACAGUAACAGUAGUAGCAAUAGUAAUAGUGGUCAACAAAACAAAUAUAAAAAUGCACAGAAAAUAACAUGGGACGAUUUAGAUCCAAAGAAAUACUAUUUCUAUAAUAUGUUGUUUGGUGCGUCGAUCGACGGUUUCAUGUAUCCGUUGGACGUUGUCCGAACACGUCUACAAGUGCAGGGCUCAUCGAUCAUCAAACAGACAUUCCCUGUGUAUACAGGCACCUUCAAUGGCAUGAAGAAUAUAUAUAAAUACGAAGGACUACGUGGAUUCUACAAGGGAUUCCUUCCGAGUGAGGUCGGUUAUCUCUCGUCAAAGAUCGUGUACUUUGGCGUGUACGAACAGUCGAAGCAAUACUUGAAUCGCUCCGAGUUUGGCGCGGCAAGUAGCUACCUGUCCGGAGGUAUAGCGGAACUCUCGAAUCUCGUCAUCUGGGUGCCAUUCGAUGUGACCACUCAAAAGUGUCAGAUCCAAGGACAUCUCGGCGAGACAAAGAGCGCGUGGAGCAUAUUCCGUCAGACGUACGAGGAGCGUGGCAUUCGUGGACUUUAUCGUGGAUUUGGCGCGACCGUCGUGAGGAAUGUUCCGUAUAGCGCCGUCUGGUGGGGAUCCUACGAGAACACUAAAAACUACUUGCACCAGCUCGAUAUUCGUGGAAAACUCGGACUGCCCGCGCGAAACUCUGACCACUUGGCGGUGGCCGAACAACUGGACGAUUCGCAUCUCGUCGAAAACGAAGAUCCCAUUGUACAUAUGUUGGCGGGUUUGACUGCCGCCGUCAUCUCAACGACACUUUCCAAUCCUCUCGAUGUCGCCAAGACACGUCUUCAAACUGGAUCGAUCGCACAAUUCGAGAAUCACAAUCAAGCAACCGCCAACCAACCAAAAACACUAUCGUCGUUCUUGAAACGUUCACAUUUCAUCUCUGUGCUGGUGGACACUGUCAAACGAGAAGGUGUAAGAGCACUCUGGAAAGGUUUGGUGCCAUCACUACUUACAUCCGCUCCUUACUCUAUGAUUUCCAUCAUUGUAUAUGAAGAAGUAAAGAAACUAUCAUUAAAAUAA